GAGCUCACACAUAGGAUGCUCGAUGUCCUCCAGGCAAUCACCAGAGCUGUAUAAAAGCCCUCUGCAUUAAGUCUUUCCAUCCACUUCUCUCAACCUCGCUCACCUUCGUGAACUGGACUGACUUUCACCCCCACAAGAUGUCUUGCUACGACCUGGUCUCCAGCUCUGCCUGUGGCGUUGCUCGCCCUCAGCCCCUCGCUGACACCUGCAAUGAACCAUGUGUCCGUCAGUGCCCUGAUACCACCACUGUGAUCCAGCCACCUCCAGUGGUCGUCACCUUCCCUGGCCCCAUCCUCAGCUCUUUCCCCCAGGAUUCAGUUGUGGGAUCCUCUGGAGCACCCUUUGUUGGGGGCUAUGGAGGCCUGGGAGGCUAUGGCUCAAUUGGCUAUGGGGGUUACGGCUACGGGGGCUAUGGCUCCCUGGGCUAUGGGGGUCUCUAUGGCUAUGGGGGCUAUGGCUCUCUGGGCUAUGGUGGUCUCUAUGGCUGUGGGAGCUCUCUGGGUUACAGGGGACUGUAUGGAAGAUCCUAUGGGUUUGGCUCUUGCAGCCCUUACUCCUACCGUUUCAGCAGGUACCGCCGUGGUAGCUGUGGCCCCUGCUAAAUCCUACUGAAAUAUCCCAGACAAGGUAUAACUGACAAAUGAGAUGUGAUGGCUCCAGAGCUAACAAGAUCUGAACCUCCAGUGCUCUGUUCCAUGACCAUAAGAUAUAUCCCUUAGCCCCUUCUGCAUUUCUUCUCUUAAUCUCUACUUUUAGUUCCUGCCUUUUCUUCCAUCAUAUUUCUAUAUUGCCUGGUGUGAACAUGCAACAAAGUUGCUCAAAAUGGUUCCUGUUUUUUUAAAUCAACAGCUAAAACUCAGGAAAAAAAACCUAAAAUCAAUUAUAUGUGACUGUAUUUCCUGACAAGAGAACAGUUUCAUUCUUAGAGGCUCUGAAAAUUUGUUCCUUUUCUCACUGUCAUUAAAAGUUUAUUGUAUCAAA